GUUCCUGAGGUGGGAGGCGGCACCCGUGGCUGAGAAGGAGGCCUGAGAGCGACAUGUCCCCGGCGGCUGAAGCACAGCGGCCCGUGGCGCUGUUUUUCUGAGUCCGGGGCGGCCUGGCGGCAGGCUGAAGACGAGACUUGGCGGAGGCUGCCCCCGCGGUGGUGGCCGCCAUGCUGGGCUCCCAGGCGGUUGAGGGAGCCGCCGUGGCGCUUGUGCGACUGCUGCUGCCGCUACUACUGCUGCCGGCGCUCCGGGGACCGGGGCUCGGCGUGGUCGGCUUGGCGGGGGCCGGGCUGCCCGAGAGCGUGAUUUGGGCCGUCAACGCGGGCGGGGAGGCGCAUGUGGACGUGCACGGGAUCCACUUCCGCAAGGACCCUUUGGAAGGCCGGGUUGGUCGAGCCUCUGACUAUGGCAUGAAACUGCCAAUCCUGCGUUCCAACCCCGAGGACCAGAUCCUGUAUCAAACGGAGCGGUACAACGAGGAGACCUUUGGCUAUGAGGUGCCCAUCAAGGAAGAGGGGGACUAUGUGCUGGUGUUGAAAUUUGCCGAAGUCUACUUUGCACAGUCCCAGCAGAAGGUAUUUGAUGUGCGACUGAACGGCCACGUGGUGGUGAAGGACUUGGAUAUCUUUGAUCGCGUGGGGCACAGCACAGCUCACGAUGAAAUCAUCCCGAUGAGCAUCAGGAAGGGGAAGCUGAGCGUCCAGGGGGAGGUGUCCACCUUCACCGGGAAGCUCUACAUCGAGUUCGUCAAGGGGUACUACGACAAUCCCAAGGUCUGUGCUCUCUACAUCAUGGCCGGGACCGUGGACGAUGUACCAAAGCUGCAGCCCCAUCCAGGACUAGAGAAGAAAGAGGAGGAGGAGGAGGAGGAGGAGUACGACGAAGGGUCUAAUCUCAAAAGACAGACCAACAAGAACCGGGUGCAGUCGGGCCCACGCACGCCCAACCCCUACGCCUCGGACAACAGCAGCCUCAUGUUUCCCAUCCUGGUGGCCUUCGGAGUCUUCAUUCCAACCCUCUUCUGCCUCUGCCGGUUGUGAGAACAAAGUACCGUCCUGAACAGGGUGGAGGGGUGUGGGAAAGAAACCAAACGCGUUUUGGGUUUCUGUAUUUUUCACAGUGAUUAACAAAAACAGACAAAGACACACACACACACACACACACACACACACACACACACACACACACACACACACACACACACACACACACACACACACACACACACACACACACUUAAAGGAGAUGAAAAGAGGCAGAGUGAGGAGAGAGUGGCCCUCAUCCACCGCCUGGUCGCAGACCUGCUUGGGUCCUAGCUCUCUGUGUAGCAGUCUCCUACUGCCUCUUCCUCUCUAGGGUACGUAGGGUAGACCGGCUCCUCCCUGGUCAGGGGUCCUUGUCUGUACACCCAGUGGAAAGGACUCUGGACUCAGAGCAGACACGGUUCCUUUUCUUUAGGUUACAAAUUAACAGCAGGGCAAUGUCAUCUUCUUACCCGCAAAGACCAGCGCUGGGAGUUGGGUGUGUUCUGAAGUUUUGUCCAGAUAAGUUUUCAGAUGUCCUGGGAUUGAGAGUGGAGUGUGUGUGUGUGUUUGUGUAAAGGUGUGUAACUUGUAUGAUAAAUUUUAAGACAGAAGGGGGAUUAAAAAAGAAGAAAAGUAGGCGCCUCCUCACUUGGAAGCCUUUCUGGUUUUAACCCAGCAAUGGUUCCACCUUAAGUGUCGAGCUUUGUCGUUGCUCGUCUCCCUGACGCGUGCUGGUGAGAGGACUGUCUGGUAUCCGAGACAAUUAGUUUAUGUCAGGUCCUCAAGUUGCCUCUGGCUUCUUACCGCAACAGAUCAUUUUGAUUUCAGUGCCUGUUGGGGACUUGAUUUCCUCUCUCUCUCUCUCUUUUUUCUUUUUGUCUUAAUCUGGCUCAGUUGAAAACUCUUUUCUCACUCAACCAUCCCGCUAAGUUAUUGCCAAGAAGGGAAGGAGACUUGGGGAUUUGGGGUUCCCUCUGCUUGAAUGUCUUCCCCUCCACCACCUCACCUUACUGGUACCUCCCUCCCUGGAUCUCUGAGCCAGCAGCCAGGAGGACCUGACCCAGCAGUUCUUUUACUGGCCCCUCCGUAGGGUCUUGCUGCCAGGGGACAGGGAUGCUUUCCAGCCUGCAGCAACAGAACACUUGACCUUAAAAGUCUCUUCUAGUCUUUGGAUUGGAAAAGGCUUAUGUUAGCAUAACUUAAGAGCAACCUCAGAGACUUGAGCCCUACUAAGUGACUGACCACUGUUGAGAGUACCUAGUAUCUGACGUUCAUUUAUUCCCAUGUCCCUCUGCAUCAGAGCCAACUGGUUUUGGUUUAUGCAGAGAGCUGCUCCCAGGAGCUAGACUGACUGUCUGUAUCUGGCCCAGUGAUGCCUCUCCCUGACCCUAAUGGUGUGCCCCCUGGUCCUCUCAUUUACCUGUCCAGGGCACAGCCAGGUUCUUGGGGUGACAGGGCUGAAAGAUUGCCAGUCAGCCAUAGUUCUGGCAGCUCUGAAGCCACCCUUAGCAUCUCGGUGUCUGUCUUGAAUUCCCUGAGAACAUCUCUGCAGGAAAUGAAGCUUCCUUGUUCCCCUCCUUUCUGGUCCCCGCCAUCCUUUUCCCAAGUAGGGUAGCAAUGAGGGAGGACCCCACUGAGCUACAAGGAAUUAUGUGGAUGGAAGGAUUAGCUUAUGCUUGGGCCAGAGUAGCCCAGAGUCUCAGGCCAGGCCCAUCUUUUUGAAAUGUGUUUGAUUUUGAGUUUUGUCUUUUUAAAUAUGUUUUCCAAGAACUCCAUGUAUUUGAACUGCUCAUUAUGUGACAAAGUAAAUAGCUCUUAGGCUCAUGUCCUGGGUUUCGGUUCUUAAUGAGUUCCUCCAGGUCAUUAUUUAGUCCUUUGAGUUGUUCUCCUUUAUUUUGGCUGUGACUUUGGGCCUCAGUAUUCAGGUAUUGAGUCAGGCAGCUGGACGGUUGCAGCGUGAAACUGUAAUCAGAGGAACACUCCUGGAGUGCUUCACACAGCUCCCUGUGUUAAAGGAUGACGUGCUGUGGCCUGGAUCCUGGGGACCACCUGCCUGGGGCAGUGGACGUCCUAUUAAUUGGGCUUCUGACAGUGGCUUCGAUUCCUUUUCCAUCACAGCUCCCCAAAGCUGUAGGCCACUGCCAACAGAGUGGACAGGGUGAGGAAGGUGGACUCACUGCCUCCACUUUGCCUUGCUCAUUAGUUUGCUUGGGUCUCUCUGAGGGAGGGGCCCCCGCCUCCUCACCUCAGCCAUCCCCUCAGUGACUCAGAGUCUCAGAAGGAAACCCUGGCUCCUGGGGCCAUUUCCUAACGGUACUGUAAGCCAAGCAGCUUUGCUUCUGCCUCUGUUUCCAAGCCCGCUCCCUCCCCCUGAGUUCAGGGAUAGGGAUGGGCACUUUCCUCUUUGGUUGCGUCGGAAGGAAGGGACCUCUUUCUAUGGCUCAAAAACUAAAGGGGAAGUGAGGAAACAGGAAGAAUUAUGGUGGGGGCUGGGGUAGAGUCCCCUGGAGCCAAGCCCACCCAGCUCCCAGAGCUGCCCAGGGCUGGUCACAGUUGGCUUGUGAUACUGAACUUGAAAGCUUUUUUUUUUUUUUGGUUCCUUCACAAUGAUAUAGGUACAUGAAGUUUAGGUUAAAGGGGUGGGAUGGGGUACACUUUAUUUUUAUUUUCGUAUCGUGUGUGUCAAAAAUUACUCUGUUGUUCAUCUUUUGCUUUUUGCACUGUUUGUCCCCACGUCUGUUUGAGCUGGUGCUAGGACUGAGAGGCUGCGCUGUAAGGGAGUCUGACUGGAGUUGGGGAGGUGAUGAGUGAUGCCCAUUAGGGGUGGGGAAGGAGAGGCCUGGGCUCUUCUGCUGGAUCCAUGCUCUGUCCUAGGUUUUUAGAUCCUCCUGAGCCCAAUGGACCAAGCCAAGAGCAGACAGCCAAGGUGAAACUCCUUUUGCCAGAAGCGUGGCUUGGGUUCACUUUCCAGGUGGACCGGGCAAAGUGUCUGCUGGAGAUGGGCUGAGAGUCUGCAGCGUAGCCUUGACUUGGCUCGGGGACCAGCUGGCCUCUGAUCAGACUUUUUCUAGGCUUCCCUCAUGCUGACGGAAACACGCCAGGAAACAGUCUUUGGGACCCAUGUACCCUAAACCAGAUACAUUUUUCUGAAAAAUCUCCACCAUUGCGGAGAAGCUGCUCAGUGUUAACCUUGAGUUCUGGUGACUUGAAAGAUGGUUCUCUUUAAGUGUCAGUGGUGUCAGACUCGCAGGAGGAUCACCGGGCCCACAGGCCCACAGACCCACCUGUUGGUUUGAGAGCAUGACCUUGUUUUCUUGUUCCCACUGUUUGCCUAAGAAAUACUGGCCUGAAAUUGGGGGAUCACAUUAGAGGUCACUUAGGCUUUGAACAGAUGGAGUGAAGUUUGAGUUAAGUUUACCUCCCCCUUUCUGUGCCUGGGAACUGUUUAAUCCAGUUUUAGAAUCAUGAUUUAACUUCUUUUUGGAGAAGCUUCUGUUUUAAGGAAUUUCUCUUCCUCCUUACCCUGCCUAUACCCUCUCCUGGGAAGGCCUGGUCGUGGCUUCUAGAAUCUCAGUUGAACUUCAGAAAACAGCAGCAGUAUUUUCCCUUUCCUAGCACUCAUAUUCCUUUCCCUAGAAAUCGGCUCAUCUUGGGAAGCCCAGGGGGAGAAUCCGCAAGUUCUUGACUCUCCCUGGGGGUUGGGGAAGGACCCACCCGGUCAGCACAGUGCCUUUUCCUCUCCUGCUCUGAGCCAGGGUGGGCAUUCCCUCCAGAUUCAGGUCUGGGCAGGGGGUCUUAUGGUCCCUGCCAUGGGGCUGCUUCCCCAUCCCUUCCUCCCCCUCCCCCUCCCCUUGGCUGGCCAGCUCUGAUCUAAUUCAAGUGUCUCCUUGCCUCGAGGAGCCUUAGAUGGCAUCAAAUGGCAAUGUGUAAUACUGUCCUCUGUGCCUCUCCAAAAGGACUCUUGAGAGCAGGUGAGCGUUCUAGAGUGAGAGAUUAACAGAUGCUCCUGUUUUAAAAAAAGAAAAAAAAAAAAAAAGAUUGAGGUGGGAGCAAGGGUGAGCUUUGGGCCUCCUUCUGCUGUGGCCGUGAGGGUAGGAGCCUAGGGGGAGGCUAAGUGAUGGUGCAGAAGUAGAAUCAGCAACACCCAGGAUCAGUUCGGAAACCUUAGAAGAAAGCUGCUUAUCUUCUAUGGAAAGAUGUAAUUAGGGAUCAAAAAGCUCUAAAGAAAUUGCGAAGAAGCCUUAAUGUUCAAGCUUUGGAGAGAUCAGAGUAGCUCCCUUUCAGCCCGAGCUAGGACUCUCUCUGUAUUUAGACCUCUCCUGAGGCAAGAGGGCGAGAUUUCCUCAUUUUGUUACAAGACUUCGAUUGGCACCACCGGGUCAGCUGCCCGGCGAGGGCGGGUUUCUUCUCUGGACACGGGUAACUUGCUGCUGAUUGGGUUUGUCCUUGCCCAGCUGCCUGUGCCUAGCCUGCUUUGGGUGGCCAACGCAUUCUGAUACGGGCAGGUGAUCUGGGGACUGUCUGGGUUGGCAGGAAGAGCGCAGGCUGGAUCUCUUGGGACGGGUCCCCCCUCCCCUGAGCAUAAAAACAAGGAGCCAGGAUGGUGCUGGCUGCCAGGGAAACAGUAGAGCCUGUUGGAGUUGGCAGAGAGGCCUUGGCACCUCUCGCAUCCAGGCAGUCUUUUGAGAGGGGGGCACGGAGCACCGGGAGAAGCAGAACUCCAUUCUCACCUCUAUUUUGAGCUUCAGGGCUUUAUUUCAGUACGAGGAACAACAACAACAAACUGGAGUGCGCUUUCCGCCCUUUCAAAGGACAACUGUCGGGAAUGGAGGGCUGAGUUGCCAAGCGGGAGGGGAGAGCUGGCGGGAUCGACGUUGCAGCAAACCAGGAAUGAGGUGUGCUCGACUCCUCUCUUCCCUGGUGUGUCACGAUCCAGGGAAUGAAAAGAAAUUUGACCCUGGAUUAGUUCCCUCCUUGGAUUUUCCUUCCACCAAGUUCUCCCACGCUCAGACCAGCGGCCCCUUCGAGCGCCAGGCGGCCCCUUCAGCCAUUAUUGGCCUAACCGGCUUGUCAGGAAACCAGCAAGCCCCGCGCCCCCCAGACUGGGCCUGGCUGCCCUAUUCUGUACCGAGUACUGGAGAAUAGUGUCAAGUUCAUGGUAGCCCCUGUAGCUGCUACUCUAGGUUCCCACCCUCUCCCUGCAGAGGCCAAACCUUACUACUAUGUCUGUAGCCACAGCACAUUUACGGUGACACAGUGAGACGUGAUUGAGGGGCUUUGAACCUGGCUGGCCCGGGCAAGCCGUAGGGGUGGAUCGAGCUGUCUUUCCUUCUGGGCUGUCUCCAUCUGUCCCUACCCCUUCCAUGUCCCACCCUGCUCCCACCAAAAAGUUACAAAAUCAGGAUGUUUUUCACUGUCCAUUGCUUUGUGUUUUAAUAAACAAUUUGCAGUGACA